CCGUGCACCUGCAGCCGCGGGGCGCUCCGCCCGCCGCCGCUGCAGCCUUUCGUGGUUCCUUCUCACGCGCUCUUCCGCUGUCGCACACGAAGUGGACCGAGUGUAACGGAGGCUUUGUGUUGAUGCCGAAAUGGACCGCGCGGGCUUCCUCUUUUCACACGCUUAGUGGUUUUAGUGCGGCCGAGCGCCUGACACUCUGCCCCUCGACAGUUCAUGAGACUCUCAUGGUAAUAAUUAUGUCGUUAAGCGGUGACGAGUGAGCCCUAUUGAACUUUAUGUCGUUUUUCCGCCCCCUGGCAGUGGCAAUAACGCUCCUAAAAUUCUAAUAACUUGUAAACAGGGGUCAGGUUUUUAUCGUAUUUCCACGCGGAAUCGGCAUCGCUCGCCACACUGCGCAGAUCUCCGUGUGAAAAGGGACAAAGGGUCCGGACUCCGGUCCCCAGAUGACUUGUCCCCCCACGUGAUCCAAAGCGUCUGCGUCCGGGCUGCCACCAGUGCCACUCGUCCACUCUGCGCCCUGGGCUUUUAUCAGCAGGGAACACACAUGCAAAUACACCACUGAAUACCACAGAGUGCAGAGUUGGGGGCAGUGCACCGGGAGUUUAUGCUUUACCAGUUAAAAAAAAAAAAACCAAAAAAACUACUGUUUAUACUGGGAGUGCGUUCAAGAAUGCGGAAAAACAAAGCCCUGCACCAAAUGCAGACUCUGAGAAUACUGUGUUCAACGUUUGUUGAGAGUGUCAGCCAGGUGUUGGUUAAGGAUAUGAGACGAGAGAUAAGAUCAGCUUUACCCUCGGCACAGCAAGGGAAGCAAGGGGGCCACAGCAGCAAGGUAAGAACGAGAGGCACUGGUGUAGAAAAGAGAAGUAAACUAGUGAAGCUCUCGUGUAUCGGAUGUUCCUGAUAUUGUGGAAGCAGCAUGGGGCAGCAGCAUCCUGCAGGGGCUAGCGUCGUGUAUUUUCACAGAGAACAUGUGGACGUGUCACGGGAGGAAAAGCCCGACAACGCAUCAGACCCUGGUGUAUCUGCCAAACAGAUCUGGAUAGAUGUAGUUGAUGAAGCCGGUCACCUGUGUCUAACAUUCAUCGAUAAUGGCAGCGGUAUGACCCCCAACAAACUGCACAAGAUGCUCAGCUUUGGUUUUACCGAAAAGGGCUCGGGUAGGGCCAGUCAGCAGGCCAUCGGCGUGUACGGGAACGGUUUCAAGUCUGGCUCCAUGCGUCUGGGCCGCGACGCGCUCAUCUUCACCAAGAACGGCGGCUGCCAGACUGUGGGAAUGCUGUCUCAGACCUACCUGGAAAACAUCAAGGCCCAGGCCGUCAUCGUCCCCAUCGUCCCCUUCAACCAGCAAACCAGGUCGCUGGUGGUGACAGAGGACUCAGAGGCGAGCCUGGCAGCCAUCCUCCAGCACUCCAUCACCAGCUCCCAGGAGCAGAUACAUGCACACUUUGACUCGAUUCUCUCCAAAAAAGGCACCAAGAUUUUAAUCUGGAACAUCCGCAGGACCAAAGAUGGCAAGCCAGAGAUCGACUUUGAGAUCGAUGGGAGUGACUUCCGUUUGCCCGAGAUUCGGAUCGAGGAGCUGAAGAAGGGACUGAGGAACAGCGGAUCCCUGAGAGCCGAGCACAACAUCCCCGACAUGCACUACAGUCUCAGGGCCUACCUCAGUAUUUUGUAUCUGAAGCCAAGGACACAGAUCACACUGAGGGGGAAGAAGAUUCUUGUCAAGCUGGUUUCCAAGAGGCUGACAAACAUUGAGCAUGACGUGUACAAGCCCCACUUCAGUAAAGAGAAGGUGAAAGUGACCUUCGGGCUGAAUCCAAAAAACAAAGAUCAGUAUGGCAUCAUGAUGUACCACAAGAACCGACUCAUCAAAGCCUACGAGAAAGUGGGCUGUCAGCUAAAGGCUUCAGGUCAAAGAGCAGGAGUCGGGGUCAUCGGUAUCAUCGAGUGUAACUUCCUCAAACCUGCUCACAACAAGCAAGACUUUGAGUACACCAAAGAGUACAGACUCACCCUUGGUGCUUUGGGCCUAAAACUCAACGACUACUGGAGAGAGGUGACGGAGAAGAAAACGAGAGAGCGGGAGUUUCAGGCUCUAGACAGAGAUGAGAAUCUAGACGAGCAUGACGCCGACGAAGGCCCCGUGUGGCUACAGUGUGAAGAAUGCCUGAAGUGGAGGAGCGUCCCAGCGAGUCAUUACAGUGUGGUUCCUGAGAGCUGGGACUGCAGCCAGAACCCCAAUCCACGUUACAGAAGCUGCUCUUCACCAGAGGAAGCAGAAGAGAGCGAGAAGCUGCUAACACCCAGCUACCAGAAAAACCACAAGAAACAAGAGCAUCCCAAAAGCAGAAAACGAGAAAAAUCAUUGGAGGUGUGUGUGGCGAAGGGUCAGGUGGCGAAACCUCAAAUCCUCUCACGUAGUUCGUCAGAGCCGAGCCAGCCCACCUUCCGGUCCACACAUUCGCCUGAUGGACGCCACACAGAGGAAAACACACCUGAACAUGGUCAGACAAACACAGACCACCUCGGGGAUCAUCACGCAGGCACACACACGAAUGACAAAGCGCUGACACAAACCAGGGUGACGGCUGAAUUCACACAAACACAACAAGAGCCCGCCGGAAGAGACGUGGUCAUUAAAGACGAGUCAGGAACCGCACACUGGCAGGUCCAUGUGGAAAAUGAGUCACAUUCUCAGAGCCUUGAAGGAGAGGAGACGGACAAAAAGAAAGACACAGACAUGGAGCCAGUGGAGAGAGAAGAGGAGAGCGCAGAGGCAUUGAGCCACAAAAGGAAAUCGGGAUUUUUAUUUCACUCUGUGAAAAAGAAGCCGUGCCUUUGGGAGGAGCGACGGCCUGACUCGGAGAAUAUGGCAGUAGAGAUGAAGCCUGAGAAACAAACACAUGUGUCCGAGAAGACCAAGCAGGACAGUAGCAGCCGAGUAUGGAAACCAGCGGACGCGGCGCAGCAAACACCCACCAGCCUCACCUGGAGCCACUCACUCCCCUCCACCCAGACAGUGAUGGUCUCUCCACUGAGUCGAACAGAAGGGCCACAGAGCAGACCGCUGCUUCUCAAAGGGAGUGACCGGGAGGCUAAAGUAAAGAAACUGGCUGGGUUGGAGAAAGAGGUUCGGGGGCUACGGAGCCUUCUAGGCCUGGAAGCCGAAAAGACGUCUCAAGGCACGAUGACAACCGCUGAUAGCGACGCUGAAAAGCCAAAAGACCUGCCGGCGUCCACAGCCAUCCGAGAGGUUGGCUGCCAGACGGACACUGCUGAGUGCUCUACUUCAUCCAGCAACCCCGCCCAGGCUGUGCUGGUCCAGUGUCAGAGAGCCGCAUGUGGGCCAAAGGAGCAGCCUGAGCAGAACAGACCCAGGGGGGAGAAUACUGAAACUCAGAGCAGGGAGCUAGUCUGUGACAGCGAGGCCUGUGAAGACGGCAGAUCGGCGCAGGAGGAUCUGCGUGGUAUCCGUAACAACGUGGUGGUGCUUCUCACAGCCCUCCUGCCCCAGCUGGACCUGGCUGGCAUCAGUCUGGAGACCACCGACGUAGACAACAUCCUGCAGCAGAUCAUAGAGGUCAACUCACUGAAACUAUGAUCAGCAUUGUUAUUAAAUACAGCAGAUUUCUGUUGGUGGAGAUUGGUAUUUUCUCCUGUGUUCUUGCAAAGCAAAGUUUGGGGUUGAUAAAACGAUGCCUAAUCCAAAGAUACAGUAGGUUUUUUGUCACAAUGUGUCUGGUGCACAUCUAUUUUUAGAAAAUUUUGUUGUGAGCGUCUCUGCCCCUAAUGCUACUUAUAGAGUAUGAGCUCUGCAAUCUAAAAUUAUCUUUUGACCUUUUUUUUUUUUCUUUAAAAGAGUGCGGUAUAUUGCUGUUGUUUGUUCUGCCCCUGUUUGUAUUGACUAUUUAAAUGAGUUUUAUGCACUUGUGGUCAACAUAUUUUAUCAGUCAUGGAGUAAUGUUCACAUAUUAUUUUAGAAAACAAGACUUUUUGCAUUUUAAUUA